GUUUAUCUCUUACCCUAUUUUUGUCGGCUUAAACGCAUUUAAGUGUUUACGCGUAUUUUUUGUUUUAUAAUUGAAUAUUGUUGUAUUGGAUAAUUGCAACUCACAUGACUGUCCAGCUGUUCUACUUUUCGUCACGAGGUCGCGCGCAGGCCAUUCGCUACCUGUGUCUCGACAAUGGCAUCGACUACGAAGAAGUUGACGUAGACCAAGAGUGGACGACCAAGUAUAAGCCGAUGAUGCCGUUCGGUCAGGUUCCAGUGAUUGAAGACGGCGGGGUGAAGGUCGCACAGUCCUGUGCCAUCCUCCGAUAUCUGGCCAAGAAAGCAGGUCUGAAUGUGCACGAGAAUCUAGUGGUGGCGGCACGGACGGACAUGAUCAAUGACCAGGUGGAGGACAUACGGGGCGCCUACAUCCGCAUGAUCUACGAACAUGAAGGGAGUGAGAAAGACUUCCUUAAAACUGCCAAAGUUAAAGUCGAAUACAUAGAGACCCUGAUGUCAAAUUGGGGCAGCGACUAUAUCUUGGACAAGAUCUCGUACGCCGACUACAAUCUAUUCGACAUGCUCGACGUCCUGAGCCUCAUGUCUCCGGGGUUUUGGGAUGACUUCCCCACCCUCAAGGCCUUCCACGACCGUAUUGCUGCCCGCCCCGCUCUAAAGGCGUACCGCGACACUGAUGCCUUCAAAUUAUUGCCACAGAACGGAUAACCAAGGACUGCUUUACUCUGUUAUUCAAUGUAUUGUUUAUUUAUACAUCAUUUGCUUUGAUCCGCUCUCGAGUAGAUAGUGUUGUCCCACAAUUAAUGACUUAUGUCUUUAUAAAAAUAAAAGCUUUAAAAUA